UUGAGUCACGUGAGGGAGGCAAGAUGGCCGCUUUUCCUUGGCAUGCAAGACCAAGAAACUAUGCCCAUGAACUGGAAUCCAGCAGGCUGGAAAUGGUGUCUGUGGAGUUUGGAGACUAUCACCCACUGAAACCCAUAACAGUCACUGAAUCGAAGACCAAGAAAUUGGGCCGUAAAGGAAGCACUUCCUCCACAUCCUCCUCCUCCUCCAGUUCAAUGCUGGAUCCGCUGAGCAGUGUGUUGGAUGGCACGGAUCCUUUGUCGAUGUUUGCAGCAGCUGCCGAGCCAGUGCUCCCUGCAACUCUGGAGAAUGCCAAAAAGAAACGUGAUAAAGAGGAGAGUUUGACUGUAGGGAGUGACUUUGAACCAUGGUCAAGCAAACGGGGAGAAAUCCUUGCUCGGUACACAACAAAUGAAAAGCUUUCAAUUAAUUUAUAUAUGGGAUCUGAAAAAGGAAAAGCAUCAACGCCAGGAUCAGCAGUUUCUGAGAAGGUGCGGACCAGGCUGGAAGAGUUAGAUGAUCUUGAAGAGGGGUCGCAAAAAGAGCUACUAAAUUUGACUCAGCAAGACUACACUAAUCGUAUUGAAGAACUCAACCAGUCUUUGAAGGAUGCAUGGGCCUCGGAUCAAAAAGUAAAAGCUCUAAAGAUUGUCAUUCAGUGUUCUAAACUUCUUUCAGACACAAGUGUGAUUCAGUUUUAUCCAAGUAAAUUCGUCUUGAUAACAGAUAUACUUGACACCUUUGGAAAGCUUGUCUAUGAAAGAAUCCUUUCCAUGUGCACUGACAAUCGCAACACUUUACCAGAAAAUUUUACUCCCGAAAGCGUUAAUGAUACUGCCAAAGAAACUUGUUUAAACUGGUUCUUCAAGAUUGCUUCCAUCCGAGAGCUGAUUCCCAGAUUUUAUGUGGAAGCAGCAAUACUGAAGUGUAACAAAUUUCUGUCUAAAACGGGGAUUUCAGAAUGUCUCCCACGGUUGACCUCCAUGAUCCGAGGAAUUGGGGAUCCUUUGGUUGCAGUGUAUGCUAGAGCAUAUCUUUGCAGGGUUGGGAUGAAAGUAGCACCACAUCUGAAAGAGAGCCUGAACAAGAACUUUUUUGACUUCCUUCUAACCUUUAAACAAAUUCAUGGGGACACUGUUCAGAAUCAGCUGGUACUGCAAUGUGUGGAGAUCCCAUUAUAUCUCACGCUCUAUUCUCCUGCAAUAGAUUGGAUUCUACAGUGCAUCUCUUACCGGGCUGCAGAGGUUUUGUUGACUGAGAUGAUGGAAAGGUGCAAGAAGCUGGGCAACAAUGCCUUGCUCUUGAAUUCAGUAAUGUCUGCCUUCAGAGCUGAGUUCAUUGCUACAAGGUCAACGGAUUUUAUUGCCAUGAUUAAAGAGUGUGAUGAAUCUGGCUUCCCCAAGCAUCUUCUCUUUCGCUCUCUGGGGCAGAACUUGGCUUUAGCUGACCCACCAGAAAGUGAUCGGCUUCAGAUUUUAAAUGAAGCCUGGAAGGUUAUCACAAAGCUGAAGAGCCCACAGGAUUAUAUCAACUGUGCAGAAAUCUGGAUGGAAUAUACCUGUAGGCAUUUCACAAAACGCGAAGUGAAUACUGUUUUAGCAGAUGUCAUCAAACACAUGACUCCAGACCGGGCAUUUGAAGAAGCCUACCCACAGCUUCAGUCAAUAGUUCAGAAAGUCAUCACCUAUUUCCACGACUUCUCCGUUCUCUUUUCAUUGGAGAAAUUCUUGCCAUUCUUGGAUAUGUUCCAAAAGGAGAGUGUGAGAGUGGAGGUUUGUAAGUGCAUCAUGGAAGCUUUUAUUAAGCACCAGCUGGAAACAACCAAGGAUCCUGUCAUUCUCAACGCCCUUCUACAUGUUUGCAAAACGAUGCAUGAUUCUGUGAAUGCAUUGACAUUAGAAGAUGAAAAGCGUAUGCUGGCUUCUUUGAUAAAUGGAUUUUUAAGAAUGGUUUCAUUUGGCCGUGACUUUGAGCAGCAGCUGAGUUUUUAUGUUGAAGCCCGAUCAAUGUUUUGCAAUUUGGAACCUGUUCUUGUCCAGCUGAUUCAUAGUGUGAACCAGCUGGCAAUGGAAACAAGAAAAGUGAUGAAAGGGAAUCAUUCCAGAAAGACUGCUGCCUUUGUUAGGGCUUGUGUUGCUUUCUGCUUCAUUACAAUUCCAUCUUUGACAAGUAUAUUUUCUCGACUUAAUUUGUACCUGCUCUCUGGACAAGUUGCUUUGGCAAAUCAGUGUCUUUCACAAGGGGAUGCCUUUUUCAAGGCAGCGAUAAGCCUUGUUCCUGAGGUCCCGAAGACAAUCAACAUAGAAGGGAAGAUGCGGCCCUCUGAAGCGUUCCUCCUAGAAUUCCUCUGCAAUUUCUUUUCUACCUUGUUGAUUAUUCCGGACCAUCCUGAGCAGGGCGUGUUGUUCCUGGUGCGAGGGCUGCUAAACGUCAUCCAGGACUACACUUGGGAAGAUAACAACGAUGACAAAAUCCGGAUCUACACGAACGUGGUGCAUCUUCUCUCGGCGAUGAGUCAGGAGACGUUCAUUUACCAUGUGGACAAAGUUGAAUCCAAUGAUACCUUGUAUGGUGGAGAUACCAAAUUCUUGGCAGAAACCAGCAAGCUGUGUGAAACGGUGAUAGCACAAAUCCUGGACCAUCUCAAGAACCUCGGAAAGGAUGAGACUUUAAAACGACAGAGCCAACUGGCCCUCUACUUCUUCAGUAGCAUCUUGGCCCAUGGAGAUCUGCGGAACAACAAGCUCAACCAGCUUGCGGUUAACUUGUGGAACCUCGCUCAAAAGCAUGGCUUUGCUGACACAAAAACCAUGGUCAAAACCUUGGAAUACAUCAAGAAGCAAAGCAAAUACCCUGAGCUGAGCCAUUUUUCAGAGCUGGCACUACGACUUCCUCUGCAGUCAAGGACCUGAUGAAUGUUAGCCUGCUGGAAGGCAGUUCUCCAAGGCCUAUAAAACACAUUAAUGUUCUUGGACAAACAAGCAGAAGGAGCCAUGUGCAUGAGGAGAGCAAAGAAAAAAACUGGAGUAAACACUGUUUAUCCACAGCUGGAAUGGCAGUUAUGUCAGGAGGUAUGUAGGAACAGUUGUGUCAUGGAUUCGGGGACAAAAGCUAAUUAUGAGAAAAGGAGAAGCCGGGCCAGCGCAGAGGGGAAAAAAGGAUGCCUCGCAUUAGGAACAGCUCCAAAACACUGGACAAUUUUCUUUAAAAAAGUAGAACUGCUCAUGGAUUAUUCAUUUCCAUGGAUAUAGUAUACACACAUACACAAAAAUUACAUUUACUGAGGCCCCUUUUCCAAACAAGUCUGCUUGGAUUUUGCCCUAACAAUGUCAGUCAUCAAGGAAGGAGAGGGCACAGAAAAGCACAGCUUCUUUUGGGCUGAAGGUAAAUCAGCCCUCUCUGUUUCAGUGACCAUCUUUGCAUCAAGUUGGCCAAAGCAGCACAGGGUACAUGAUGCAAUAACAACCAGAUUCCUCUCAGAAACCCCCAAGCAGGGCAUAAAAGCCUGUAGCCACUAGUAAGUCAAGACGUGAUCUGGGAGAGAGAUCAGCUAAUCCAAACCAAUCUGAAUGCUAGCAAACACAAAACAGAGGCUUCAAAUACAGUAUUUACUAGUACAGUUAUGACAGCUACACACCAUGUUCACACUGAAAGAAGAAAAUGAGGUUUGUUUGCUUGUUUUUCCUAUUUCACAUACAACCCAGUGUUGAUCACUGAACCCGUCGCUGCUAUGUUUCAGAAAGGAGGGGUUUUUAAGCAUCCCUGUUUGAAACUCUAACACAGUGAAGUGAAGACUUCAGAAAAAUGUGCUACUGGAAUGGAAGUGAGGUCAUUGCAUGGUUCGUCCCAUCUAACUAAACUCAACAACUUUUGGAAGAGUGCCUUGGAAUGAAGCAGAGCCCAAAACCUGUCAUUAUCUAUCCCUUUGUUGUUCUGACUGAAAGGCAG